AUGGUAUUACCAAGUCUCGAUUUUCUCUUUCAAAACAAAACGCCUUCAUUAACCAUAAGAGGAAUUCUACAUGUGUUGCAACCUCAGUUUUGUGAAGAAGGCAGUAAUGAUUAUUCAUUUGAAAAGCUUGUAUAUGGUGGACGCCGAAGUGCAGUAUGCCUGGAAAGUGUCCUACAGUUCGUCACUGGAGCGACUGAGGAGCCUGUUUUGGGUUUUAAAAUCCAUCCUUCUAUUACCUUUUAGGAAGUGGAGACAACAUUUUAACCAACAGCGAACACGUGUAUUAGUUGUUUAAGACUUCCUAGGCCAUCUUACAAUACUGGAUUACCAGAGGAUGCCGAAUUGUUCAAAACCUAUGACUACGCUUUUACAUGUACUUUUUAUGUCAAAAAACUUACUUGCUCUUCUGUUUAA